GAGAGAAAGAGCGUCUGCGUGUGUGGAGGAAGAGAGAGAGUGUGUGUGUGUGUGUGUCAGUGAGACAGCGAGCGUCUCUCCUCACAUCCUCAGGACUGGUGUCGUGUCUGUCCGUGCUGGCGUGUCUCUCUUCACUCGUCCUUUUGUUUCUGUGUUUGAAGGAUGAAUCUUUGGGGUUUAAGACUCUCUUGCGUCCGUCAGUGAGAACAUCAGGAAUCUGUGGUGACGAUCUCCUGCGAGUCUGAAGAAACACAUCACGUCAGACCUCAGUUUAUCAUCAUGGAUCUGCCAUUCAUGGCUGCGCAGUUUCCAGUGAUGAGCGGAGCGUUCAUGGACACAGAUGACUGCAGCACGGAACAUUCUCUCUUUAACUCGUCAGCCAGUGUGAACGCGCCGCCCUCAGCCUCAGCACCGGCCCAACACGACCAAGAGCAGCACGUGUCCAGUGACGCCAUCUGGCUUUGGAUCGCCAUCAUCGCCACCAUCGGGAACAUCGUGGUGGUCGGUGUGGUUUAUGCUUUUACUUUCUGAUGUCAAGAAUGAAUGAUGAAGGUUCACCUACGGAUGAGGUUUUACAGAUUCAUCUCUGUCUGCUCACUAUCAAGGGAACUACGCAUUGAGCGUGUGUUUGCAGGAGACUUCUGAAGAACUUCUGAGAGUUGAUGUUAUUGUGAUCUUUACACAUUAUAGGGGACGUGUAUCCUUUCUGCACCACCAGCAGAAGCAAACAUGCUGCACACAUAAUGACUCCACCCAGCCCGAUGGAAUACUUGAUUUUUAUUGGUCAAUGUUUUGUAUAAUGUCAUGUGUUGGAUUAACACAUUCACACAAUCAUUCAGACUCAAAUCAUUAUACUGUAUCAUGUUUAAUGAGUGAGUGAGAUACUGAUCUGUGUUUUUAUUAGAAUUUUUCAAAAAGCUUGAUAAUCUGAUAAAUAAACUUUUAAAUGUUUUGUACA